AUGCCUCCAAAGCGAACGAGGGCGCGUGCUGCGGAGAGUUCCGCCACUGAUCUGCCGCGGGGGCAGCGGCAUGCGAGGGCGGAACCCGACAGUGGCGAUUCCACGGCACCCCCUGCACAGCGCCGAAGGGUGGAAGAAAAACCUGCACGACAACGCUGGACCCUCACCAGUACGGUGAAAGACGUGCUGCUGGAGGGAGUAGAUGUUACAGAACAAAUGACGCUAAACGACUUCAUUAGCAAGUACGUUGGCUCCAGGUUCGUGGUCGAUGAAGGCCGCGGCGUAAAAAUGUGGAUGUUUGCGCGUAUGCCUGCGAGGUGCGUCACCGACCCGGAGCUUCGUGACAGCGUACUCAGCGUACCAGCGUAUCAGCUCCUGAAGGACGCACCCAAUCUACAUGCCGACGCACGCAAGCUUGCUGAGCACGGUGUGGAUUGUCUUGAACACUGGAAGGAAUUUGAUCAGAAGGGUAUUGUAUCCAAUGUUUCUUUGGGAAAGCUUGACAGCGCGCUUAAGGUAGUGGAGAAAAACGAAAAGGCAAGACAGAAGAAACAAGCAAGGGCGAGGCAGGAAGAGGAAGAAAGGAAAGGGCGGGAAGAAGCAAGGGCAAGGCGGAUAGCGGAAAUUGCCAGCCGACCGAUACCGGAGGGAUUGUACCGCUCGGUGCUCAACGCGAGGUGGAGCCACGUCUUGGAAUUACCCGAGGGCGAAGGGGAGAAAAUGGAGGUGAAAGAGGGCCAACGACCAGCCCAGUCGUGGGUGUACAAUAUGCAGGGCAUAACUUUUCAACUGGAUGACGAUGCAGAGCAAAUUCGUGCACCACGCCCCAGGCUAAUGAUAGUUUCUUCAGAGGCGGGGUGGCUGUACUCGCUAGUAAUGUCUCAGGCUCUUACAGACUGCUACGUUAACCGUGAGGUAGAUCGUGUUUGGAGGAUCGUCCAGGGCGAUUUAGAUGGAGAGUUUGUCACUGAAGAGAAACAAUAUUUUGACUUGAGGCGGCGCCUCGUGCUUGGAACGCCCGGGAUAGGGAAGUCGAUGAAUGCAGGCUCCUACAUCCUCUACCAGCUGUUGCGCUACAGAACCAAGAAGCUCAACGUGGUUGUCUACUGUUUUGGGGGAGAUUUGGCGUACGUGUUUGACAAGACGAAGAAAUCGGUGACAGUAUGCAGCGGUGCGGGCAAUGUAACCGACCUUGUAUACGAUUUGGCGUGGCGGCGUAAAAUGAAAGGGUAUAUUAUCUACGACGUGGAUGAAAAGGGACAUGGUCCGUCGAGGGCUUUUCCGCCAUCUACAUCAUGGGGCAUCAUUGUGUUGUCCUCCCCAAGCGAAAGGAACUUCAAAGGGUGGGCGAAGCAAAUGAUGGCAGACCUUAUCGUUAUGAAUUGCCCUGACAAAUACGAUGCGAAGGCGAUGUGUGCCUGGGAGACGCGCAAUCAGUCAGCACAGGAGCAGGUGAAGCGCUGGAAGUUGGUUGAAAAACGCAUGGAUUAUGUGGGACCGAUUCCACGAUUCAUUUUUGAUAGGACCAAAUAUGUGGGGCGCCUGACCGCGGCUGAUGGUGCUUUGGAUUUGAUCACCGCUUCGACGGCCGAGAAUUACAUUUUCAUUAGAGGUAUGGCGAUGUGGCCUGCGGAUGACGCGUCUCACAAACUGGUGAUGGCUGCCCGAAUCAGAGGAAGAGACGAUGAUGAGACGUUUGUGAACCUGCCGAUCUGUUCAUAUCUUGGGAAGAAACUAAUGGGCAAGUUGACAGCGAUAGGCAAACAAAGGGAUUUUUUGUACCAAGUGUUGAGGACGAGGCGUUCGCUUUUGUCAGAAGUUCUGGAAAAGUAUGGUGUGUACGCAUUCACGGACAGGGGCUUUGUGGAUAAUGUGCUAAAGCAGCUCAAGCCGCUGAAGCCACCAGAGGGACGUGAGACACGGCCAUGUGUGCUGCAAUCGCACCCUGCAAAGCAUCCAGACAGUUCAGUUGAAUUAGCUCCACUGAGAGACAUUGAUGGGAAGAUUGGUGUGGAGUAUGGGGUGUUGUACGUGCCGUUGGACAUGGGAUUUCCGAUGAUAGACGGCUUUUUCUUUGUCGACUCGCCCCGGAAGACGAUGGUUGGGCUGCAGACGACUCUGGCGAAGCAGCAUCACACCACCGUCAGCAAAGUGAAGCUGUUCAAUGAGCAAAUGACAGAGUAUUUUAUUAACUGGGGAACUUUUUCCAAAAAAUUGUAUUGGGAUAUUAUUUACGUGCAGCAUGGAGACAGUGAGGCAAUAAACACGUGGCAGAAAUGUAAUGCCGACGCGCAAAAUGAGCCGAAGACGAGGACACGCAAAGCUGGAAAGAAAAACAACGAGGAGGAGAAAAGGAAAGUGAAAGAGGAAAAGAGGAUUAAGGAAUUUUGGGAUAAAGAGGUACGUCAAUACCAGGUGGCGGUAUCAGAUGAAAGUCUCAGACCGAAAAACAAUGCCCAACGUCGGCGACAGUCAGCGAGACAAGUAAAUAAUGAUACAACAACCCAACGUCGGCGAAAGCCAGCGAGACAACGAAAGAAUACGAAAAAAGCCCAAAUUCAGCAACGAGCAGCAGCAAAAAGGACUCCAAAUAAAAAAUAG